AUGGACCCCCAAGGCGCCGUCACCCUCCGCACCUCCAAAUUCAUCACCAACCGCCUGCUCAACCGCAAGCAAUUCGUCCUCACCGUCCUCCACCCCUCGCGCUCCAACGUCUCGCGCACCGAACUCGCCACCAAGCUCGCCGCGCUGUACAAGACGGAUGCUAAGCGCGUCGUCGUGUUUGGUCUCCAGACCAAGUUUGGUGGUGGUUUGAGCCAGGGUUUCGGGAUGGUCUACGAUGACGAGGAGAGCCAGAAGAAGUUUGAGCCCAAGUACAGGCUGGUCAGGUCCGGCCUCGCCGACAAGGUGGUCAAGCCAUCCCGCAAGCUGCGCAAGGAGCGUAAGAACCGGUCGAAGAAGGUUCGGGGAGUAGCCAAGACGAAGGCCGGAGACGCCGCCAAGAAGAAGUAG